CUCCGCCCGUUGUCGGACCCCGGCGGCGGCGGCGACGCGGGCUCUGCCCGCCCGGACGCAGCCCGGCGCUCUGCAGGUGCCCGGUUUUCGCUCGCUGAUUUUCACCUCUCCUCCUCGCCCCCCGCCCCCCCUUCCCUUUCUGCCUUCCUCCCGCCGCCCCGGGGGCUGCGUGCCGCGGGGGGAGCCGCCGUCGGGCCCGGCCCGGAGCCGUACGGGAGCGGCGCUUGCGGCGUUUGAUGUGGCGUUUGAAUGCAGAAGCCUCGCUCCGCUCCUGGCUCCCUCCAUAUGCGGUGCUGGGGGCGGGACGACGGCCUUUAAAGGGGCACCGCCGGCAGCCGCCGCGCCGCUCCGCUCCCGGUGCCGAGCGGGGCCCCCCGCGAGUCCGCCGCCCUCCGCGGCUCCGAGCCCCGGCAGCGGAGCGGAGCGGGCGGCCCCGGUGAGCGCGGGACAUCCGCCGCCGCUGGCACGAAGCGGGCCCGGCGGUGCGGGAGGAGUUGUGGACGGAGCCACUUUUCCUACAGACAACGAACGGCCUCUCGCUGUCUGGCGGGAGCGGGCAGCGCUUCGGUGGCUUUUUUUUUAAUUUAUUUUUUAUUUUUUUUUACGCCACCCGUCUCCUGCGCUGUUUUUGCAGCAUCGCGUUUUGCUGGCUUAAAUUAAUGACCGCGUUGUAGGGUUAGGGAAAAUAACGAGUGUUUAAAAGUUUAUACUGAGUCAUUCCUCUGCAGAUGAACCUAUGACUGACUCAUAAUCUGAGAACUGCAGUGGCUUGUAAAAUAGGAAGCAGGAAAGCCUGAAUGCUUAGGCUUUAACUGAAUCAAGACCAGCUCUCAGCAGCAGGAGACAAUGUAUUAAUCCAUUGGAAGUACACACUGCAGUCUUGUGUUUCACUGUGUUUGCGCUGUGAAUUUUUUUCAUGUAAACAGGGUGAAGAAAGAAACCGGGCAGACUAGCGAAGUUCUUUUUGUCAAGAGUAAAGAGAACGCUUACAGACCAUUGAGAAAGUGCUUUUUUCUUCUCUCUUCUCAAGCUACAGAUCAAAUGAGAUUCAAAUAAAACAAAGGAAAUAAAUUAUCUUAGAGCAUGGACACCAGUAAGAAGACAGAACCCCCUUUAUCUGUAGAAAUGGUACAACAAAGGGCCAAUCCUGAUCGCAGUCCUUCGGCAUCAAUUUAUGUUCCAGAGCAAGGUGGCUACAAAGAGAAAUUUGUAAAUGCUGUGGAGGAUAAGUAUAAAUGUGAAAAAUGUCACUUCAUCUUAUGCAAUCCUAAACAGACUGAAUGUGGACACCGAUUCUGUGAGACUUGCAUGAAUGCCUUGCUGAGCACUCCGAGUCCAAAAUGUACAGCAUGUCAAGAAAGCAUAGUAAAAGACAAGGUAUUUAAGGAUAAUUGUUGCAGGAGAGAACUACUUGCCCUUCAGAUAUACUGCAGAAAUGAGAACAAGGGCUGCAAAGAACAACUUUCCUUGGGUCAAUUACUCAUGCAUUUGAAAACUGAUUGUCAGUUUGAAGAACUUGCGUGUCCUCGUGCUGAUUGUAAAGAAAAAAUACUGAGAAAAGAUUUGCCAGACCACGUAGAGAAGACCUGUAAAUACCGGGAGACAACUUGUAAAUACUGUAAAAGCCAAGUCCCAAUGAUUAUGUUGCAGAAACAUGAAGAUACAGACUGCCCGUGUGUCAUGGUUUCAUGUCCUCAUAAAUGCAGUGUUAAAACACUCAUGAGGAGCGAGUUGAAUGCACAUUUGUCAGAAUGUAUUAAUGCCCCAAGUACCUGUAGUUUUAAGCGUUAUGGCUGCACUUUUCAGGGAACAAACCAACAAAUUAAAGCACAUGAAGCCAGCUCAGCAGUGCAGCAUGUUAACUUAUUGAAAGAGUGGAGCAAUGCUCUAGAAAAUAAGGUGGCCUUGCUCCAGAAUGAAAGUUUGGAAAAGAACAAGAGUAUACAAACUUUACAUAAUCAGAUUUGUAGCUUUGAAAUAGAAAUUGAAAGACAGAAGGAAAUGCUACGGAAUAAUGAAUCUAAAAUACUUCAUUUACAGCGAGUGAUAGACAGUCAAGCAGAAAAACUGAAAGAACUGGACAAAGAAAUCCGUCCCUUCCGGCAGAACUGGGAGGAGGCUGACAGCAUGAAGAGCAGUGUAGAAUCCCUCCAGAAUAGAGUGACUGAGCUGGAAAGUGUUGACAAAACUGCAGGGCAAGGAGCUCGAAAUACAAGCAUGCUAGAGACACAGCUCAGCAGGCACGAUCAGAUGCUGAGUGUUCAUGAUAUUCGGCUGGCUGACAUGGAUCUCCGAUUCCAAGUUUUAGAAACUGCUAGUUACAAUGGAGUGUUAAUUUGGAAGAUUCGAGAUUAUAAACGUCGGAAGCAAGAGGCAGUCAUGGGGAAGACUCUGUCCUUGUACAGCCAACCCUUUUACACUGGAUACUUUGGCUACAAGAUGUGUGCCAGAGUUUACCUUAAUGGAGAUGGCAUGGGCAAGGGGACGCACUUGUCGCUGUUUUUUGUCAUAAUGCGUGGAGAAUAUGAUGCAUUGCUUCCUUGGCCAUUUAAACAGAAAGUGACUCUCAUGCUAAUGGAUCAGGGUCCGUCUCGGCGCCACUUAGGAGAUGCUUUCAAGCCAGAUCCAAACAGUAGCAGUUUCAAGAAGCCAACUGGAGAAAUGAACAUUGCGUCUGGCUGCCCAGUCUUUGUGGCUCAAACUGUCCUAGAGAAUGGAACGUAUAUUAAAGAUGAUACUAUUUUUAUUAAAGUCAUAGUGGAUACAUCGGAUCUACCAGACCCCUGACAUACGGUCGGGGAGGCAGAUUAAACAGAAGACAACUCCAUUUGGGGGUUUUAUAUCAGUUUGUCUUCAAUCAGAGGUCCUAAAGCUCACAGAACCACCUUGUGGAACAGAUGGAAGAGUUUGAAGGCAUAACUGCAUAGGGUCCAAAUGAGAAAGUAGCAACACAUUAAGAAAUCAUACCAUGGUGUAUUUUUUAAUAGAACUAGCAACACUUAAACUCUGAAGAAUCACUUAUCCCUCAUGAGGAUAAUGAUUACGGUCAGAGAGGAUUUCUGUUUUUGUUUUUGUUUUGUUUUGUUUUUAACUUAUUAAUGAUCUAGUCCAUUGAAGGUGAAAAGACAUAUACAGUAUGUGCUGAAUAAAUUACUGACUUUUAUUUCUUUAAGCUAGAAUACAAAAAUACAUUCACAUGUGGGCUAGCUGGAAAUUGUCAGCAUGUUAAAAGAAGAAAUGAAGUAAUGUUGCGAUUAUAUUAUUUGAAAAAACUGAGGUGCAAUCUUGUCUGAAAUAUAGUAUAUUGUCUUUUUAAGGCCUCAUCUGGUCUCUGUUUUAAUAAUUACUUUGUAAGAAGAUCUUGGAAAAGUAUCCAUGUCUUCUCAAAAGUAUCUGAAUCAAAAUCAUAUUUUUAUUUAAAGUUCUAUUGUUACAGAAAACAUUUUAUUUUAAAACUGUUGAUAGACUGAUAUUUC